CGGGCGUGUAAGCGUCCAUACUCUGUAUUCUGCAGCAUCCCUUGCACUGCAAAAAUGGGGAGGAAAUCCCUAUUUUUCGGGAUUCUCUUGGUGUUUUUGCUCAAUUCAAAAGUCGGUCAAUGUAGUAUUAGUGAAAAAAUUCCUUUGGGCGCCAUUUUUGAACAAGGAACCGAUGACGUGCAAACAGCAUUCAAAUUCGCUAUCGCCAAUCACAAUCAAAAUGACUCGGGACGACGUUUCGAGCUGCAAGCUUACGUCGACGUCAUCAACACUGCGGACGCAUUCAAACUAUCGCGAUUAAUUUGCAACCAAUUCGCCAGAGGAGUCUACUCCAUGGUCGGUGCAGUAUCGCCGGAUUCUUUCGACACUUUGCAUUCGUACAGUAACACCUUCCAAAUGCCUUUCGUCACUCCGUGGUUUCCGGAAAAGGUGUUAGCUCCGUCUUCAGGAUUUCUUGACUUUGCAAUUUCGAUGAGACCAGAAUACCAUCAAGCCAUUAUCGAUACCGUUAAGUAUUACGGAUGGAGGAGGAUCAUUUAUCUUUAUGACUCGAAUGAUGGUUUGCUAAGAUUACAACAAAUUUACCAAGCCUUCGCUCCUGGAAAUGAAAAUUUUCAAGUAAGGACAGUCAGGAGAAUCAGCAAUGUCACCGACGCUCUACAUUUUUUGAGAGGAUUGGAAGAACAAUCAAGAUGGGAGAAUAAGUACGUGGUUCUGGAUUGUUCUGCGGAUAUGGCAAAGGAAAUUGUUGUUGGACAUGUGAGAGAUAUUGCGUUAGGAAGGAGAACUUAUCACUACCUUUUAUCAGGAUUGGUUAUGGACGACAGAUGGGAAUCAGAAGUGGUCGAGUAUGGAGCUAUCAAUAUAACAGGAUUCCGAAUCGUAGACGGAUCCAGAAAGCCCGUCAAAGAGUUCUUGGAAGGCUGGAAGCGCCUAGAUCCCGUCCAAUCGCAAGGCGCAGGAAGAGAAACCAUUUCGGCACAAGCGGCUUUGAUAUACGACGCAGUUUUCGUGUUGGUCGAGGCCUUCAAUAAAAUUCUCAGAAAGAAGCCUGACAAUUUUAAAAAUAUCAACACUCGGGCUGGAAGAGGGCAAUUUUACAAUAACGGCAGUAAAAUUUUGGAUUGCUAUCCGCCGGUUGGGUGGGUUUCGCCUUGGGAACAUGGCGAUAAAAUAUCCAGAUACUUAAGAAAGGUUGAAAUAGAAGGUCUGACGGGAGAAGUUCGAUUUUCCGAAGAAGGCAGAAGACAAAAUUACACAUUGCACGUAGUCGAAAUGACUGUAAACAGCGCCAUGGUGAAAGUAGCCGAAUGGAGCGACGAAACUGGAUUCGUUCCUGUUGCUGCUAAAUACACUCGAUUGAAACCCGCGGCUCAUAUCGAGAGGAAUAAGACGUAUAUUGUUACAACUAUUGUUGAAGAACCAUAUAUUUCGGUAAGAAAAGAAGAACCCGGAGAACUUUUGAUGGGCAAUGAUCGCUUUGAAGGAUACUGCAAAGAUUUAGCUGAACUUAUUGCGAAGAAACUAAAAAUCAAUUAUGAAUUACGAAUAGUGAAAGAUGGAAAAUACGGUACUGAAAACAAUGAAGUGAAAGGUGGCUGGGAUGGUAUGGUCGGAGAACUUGUUAGAAAUGAAGCUGAUUUGGCAAUAGCUCCAAUCACCAUAACAUCAGAAAGAGAGCGUGUGAUAGAUUUCAGUAAGCCCUUCAUGUCACUAGGAAUAUCUAUAAUGAUAAAGAAACCCAUGAAGCAAAAACCAGGCGUUUUCAGCUUCCUUAAUCCUUUGUCCCAGGAAAUAUGGAUUAGUGUCUUAUUUGCCUUUGUGGGUGUCAGCAUAGUCUUGUUCAUCGUGUCCAGGUUUUCUCCUUACGAAUGGCGAAUACUUCAUCCCACUGAUGAACCUAUGAGACAUCCUCCACAUUUACACACUAACAGUGGAGGGACAAUGGCGAACGACUUUAGUUUAUUGAAUUCUUUGUGGUUCUCUUUGGCUGCUUUUAUGCAACAAGGUGGUGACAUAUCGCCAAGAUCAAUCUCAGGUCGUAUUGUGGGAGCCUGUUGGUGGUUCUUUACUCUGAUAAUAAUUUCGAGUUACACUGCAAAUUUGGCAGCAUUUUUGACAGUCGAAAGAAUGGUGGUGCCUAUUAAUUCACCAGAAGAUUUGGCUUCACAGACUGAAGUGGAAUAUGGUACUUUGUAUCAUGGUGCUACGUGGGACUUUUUCAGAAGAUCUCAAAUUACUUUACACUCGAGAAUGUGGGAAUUUAUGAAUUCCAGGAAACACGUUUUUGUUAAAACUUAUGACGAAGGUAUUCGGAGAGUAAGACAAUCUAAAGGGAAAUAUGCAUUGCUAAUAGAAACGCCCAAAAAUGAUUACAUAAAUGAACGAGAUCCAUGUGACACAAUGAAAGUAGGAAGGAAUUUUGAUUCAAAAGGAUUUGGUGUUGCUACACCAUUAGGAUCACCAUUAAGGGAUGCCGUCAAUUUGGCUGUUCUAAGCUUAAAGGAAGAUGGAGAACUUACCAAGCUAAAGAAUAAAUGGUGGUAUGACAGAACAGAGUGUCCUAAGGAUAAACAGGAGUCGAUGCGUAAUGAACUGUCUCUAAGCAACGUAGCUGGAGUAUUCUACAUCCUGAUUGGAGGUUUAUUUGUUGCCAUGGGCGUUGCAGCUUUAGAGUUUUGCUACAAAUCUCAUCUAGAAGCUAAACGCGCGAAAAUUCCUAUUAGCGAUGCUCUCAAGAACAAAGCAAGACUAACUUUGGGUGUAGGAAGGGAUUUUGAUAAUGGCAGGUACUAUACGCCAGCCAAUCAAAUAGGACCGACCACAGACAAUGAGACUCCGCAUAGCAACACUCAUACUCAAGUAUAAUAAAAAUCAAAAUUUUCCGGUAAAAAAAAUCAAACAUACUCAUAAUCAAAUAAAAUGGUCUAAUAAAGGCGUUAAAAACUGAUGUUUCAAAAGUUAAAAGUUGGCGUGCAAUUAUUAUUUUAAUGAAAAUAUAUUAUUUUAUAUGUUUAAGACAUGGACAGAUAAAUGUGCAUAUCUUUAUGUUAGAUAAUUAAGGAGAAUUAUAACUAUAAGAUAAUCAUAUAAGCCAACAUUAAGAAUAUGAACUGAAAAUAUGAAUUAAAUGUUUAAAAAAUUUCUUAAAUACUCCAUCCUGUUAAUUUAGAUAUUGUAUUAUUGUAACUUUGCAUGUUAGAUGGAUAGAAUGUGAUCAUAAUUAGUUCCAAUUUUAUAUUGUUAAUAUUUCUUUUUUACAAUGUGUUCAAGUAUAAUAUCAAAAUUAAAACAAUAUACGUUUACUAAAU